AUGGCAACAGCAGCCGCUGCUGCUUACCCUCUUUCACUAUCCACUUCUCGUCACCACCCUUUUCCGCCUACUAUCCUAACAUUUUCCAAAAGGUCCUCCUCGUCCCUCCAAUUCUCUUUCCAGUCCCAAUAUGACGCCAGUGCAGACGUACAAGAGGAAGAUAGCGUCAUCGGCGACUGCCUUGUCUUCGAGGAAGGCAUUUUUGAUGACCCAUUUCUCCAAAAAAGCCCCGACUUCAGAAAUAGUGAAACCCAAACCAGUACGAGUAAAAAUAGUAAAAGUAGACGUAAAAUUGAUACAACAGAGGUUAAUCAAGAAAAUUUGAUUCCGGAAAAAUGGUUGGAAAUUCAGAGGGAAAUUAGCAUUACGAAGAAGGAGAGGCGAAAGCUCGCCCAACAACUGGAGUACGGUAAAAAAGUGGAGAAGAGAAAGCAAGGGCUGAGGCCUAUCAGUGUAGAGGAUUUCAACAAAAUUAAGGAUGAGAAAUUGAAGCAAUUGAAGCCUAUUGUGCUCGAAGAUCCGAACCUGAGGUCUUUUGAGGGGAGUGAUGAUAUAAAGAGAAAUGUCGAUAAGGGUGAUGACUGCAGAAGUGGAGUGGGGAUUAGUGGUAGAGUGGCAGCGAGGAACCCGAGGUUCGCGGUGUAUGGAGGAGGUUUGGAGGAUAUUUCCGAGUUUUUCAAUAGUGGGAGUUAUGAUCCUGAUGCUGCUAAGAAACCAAGAGGUACAAACAAGUUGUUCACAAAGGAGGAAAAGUUAUUACUGAAUAGGAGGAUCCCUGAUCUCGCAGUUGCUAGCUCAGGGAAAUGGCAUCCUGUACAUACUCUUGCUGCCUCUGGAGAAUUUUACCUGAUGACUUCUUUGUUAAAACACGGUGUUGAUAUUAAUGCCCCUGACAAGGAUGGAUUGACUGGGAUUCACAAAGCAAUACUUGGAAAAAAACAGGCUAUUUUUAACUUUCUUCUGAGAGAAUCAGCAAAUCCAUUUGUUCGUGACAAAGAAGGGGCUACCUUAAUGCACUAUGCAGUUCGCACGGCUUCAAGUCAGAUGAUAAAAAUUCUUUUAUUGUACAACGUUGAUAUAAACCUUCAGGAUAAUGAUGGGUGGACAGCAUUACAUCUUGCUGUUCAAUCCCGUAGGACAGAUAUAGUGAGGCUUUUGUUGAUUAAGAGAGCUGAUAAGACUAUAAGGAACAAGGACGGAUUAACUCCACUUGACCUUUGCCUCUAUGCUGGAAGAGACAAGAGAACUUACGAACUAAUCAAACUGAUCAAACAGGAAAAGAGCAGUGAUGGCUCUGAAGAUGAUGAUGACGACCAAGAUGAUGAGGAUAGUGAUGGUGACGAGGAUGACAAUUGA